UCUGCGAAUCUCCUUGGGAAAUAUCAUACCUACCUAUAACCAUGCAGUUUUGGAAAGGUGGCUGCUUGCUGGCUAAAAUUAUUGAAUUCUUGGAUAUUUAAUUUGAACACACCAUGGACACUGUGGAAGCAAUUCUCUCUUUCUUGGUAGUUGUGAUAAUAAUCGUGUCGUUGCUGUCCAACUUGCUGGUGCUGAUCUGCUUCCUGUACAGCCCGGAGAUCCGGAGGCAAGUGCCGGGUUUGUUCAUCCUCAACUUGACAUUUUGCAACCUGUUGCUCACCAUAUCCAACAUGCCUUUGACUUUGGUUGGAGUUAUCAACAAGGGGCAGCCCGGCAGUGGGGGGCUGUGUCAGAUAGUUGGUUUCUUGGACACCUUCUUAACCACAAAUUCUAUGUUGAGUAUGGCAGCACUGAGCAUCGACAGAUGGAUCGCUGUUGUCUUUCCCCUGAGCUACCGAUCAAAAAUGCGCUACAGAGAUGCUGUUAUAGCUCUGGGUUACACGUGGAUGCACUCCAUGUCUUUUUCAGCGGUACCUACUUCUCUAUCGUGGGUGGAAUACCACCAACUUUAUGCCUCCUGCACCCUCUGCAACGGGAAAGCAAAUACCAGCCAGUUUAUUAUAUUUACGGUGGUAUUUCAUUCCCUUACUUUCCUCCUGUCUUUGGUAGUGCUGUGCUUUACUUACCUUAAAGUUCUCAAAGUAGCGCGCUUCCACUGUAAACGGAUUGACAUUAUUACAAUGCAGACCCUGGUGCUUUUAGUGGACAUACAUCCAAGUGUUCGGCAGCGUUGUCUAGAGGAGCAGAAAAGGCGAAGGCAGAGAGCCACGAGGAAAAUCAGCACUUUUAUUGGCACAUUCGUUCUGUGCUUUGCACCAUAUGUGAUAACAAGAAUGGUGGAACUAUUCCUGGUGCCCCCCAUCGACCGCCACUGGGGAAUCGCUUCCAAGUGCCUGGUUUACAGCAAGGCGGCCUGUGACCCCUUUGUUUACUCACUGCUGCGGCGUCAGUACAGGAAGACGUGCACUGACAUCAUUAACCGGAUCCGGAAAGGACGCUCUCUCGACACAUACGGAAACUGGGAUGAGAAUCGGAGGACCUGUGUAGUCCCGACUGCGGAGUGAAGGUCUCAGGAGGGCACGGAGGAAAGUCUGUGAAGGACACUUAGCUUAGUACCUGCUAGACUCAAAAAACUAUGGUACAGCGUGCUGAGAAAAUGGGACGAGGAUUUUUUGCUUCAUUUACAUUUGUACGUACACUUUUUGUACUUAAAAUACUAAACGUGAUGAGAAAUAGAUCGUUUCAUCAAUUCUUCAUCCCUAGAUAACAAAAAUACACAAUACGAAAGAGUAAAACCGUCAGAGUAUACUAGAAAUUAAAAUCCCCUCACUAGCAGUCUUAUUUUGUAGCCAAAAAAAAACUUGAAUUGAGUUGUACCGUCUGUAAUGUAAAAAAACGUUUCAUUUUCUAUAGAUCAAAAGUCAGAGGUGGAAAGUUCAGGUCCAGAAAAUAAAAUUACAGACAAGAUUUUGUUUCAAUCAACCAGUUGAACAUAAAGAGUCACAGUCACAGAGUAUUCAGCUGUUUGGCUGAAAUUAAACCUGGAUUUUGUACUUUUUAGACCUGAACUUUCCACCUCUGUCAAAAAAGUAUGAUAAUGUAACUGGUUCUUCAGUUAGUUUUAGUGUCUAAUUAACUUGACCAGUUGAGGAAUUGAUUUUAUAUCAUUCAGGCCUUCUUGCUUUAUUACCUCUAACAACACAAUUCGUUUGUCUUCCAUGCGUAUCGUUGCUUUUAUGAAGGUGUAGACAUGUUUUUGCACAAUGUAAAAAUUGGCAUGACCUUCAGUUUAUUAGAUAAUAGUGCUCAGAUUCAGCUGUAAAGCCUAAAACACUUCUAUAGAUUUUUCCUCAUAUCAAAAGUGGUCAUUUAGGUAUACACGGAGUGUAUUUACUACACGCAGUGGUGUAUUUACUACAACCAAGAGCCCAUUAGUGAAUUUUAUAGGAAAUGUCCCUUGUAUCAGAAUGUUUUUGCUUCCCUUCGGUGUAUGAGCUGAGAGUUCUAAAAUGAAUUGAGUAGAAUGAGGAAGACUUUAUAGAGGAGAAAACAAUUAUAAUUGGGACAGUUUCCUCUCCCUGUGAAGUUCCGCACCCCCCCCACCAACUGCAGCAUAAACAAGGCGAUUGGCUUGGCUUGGCUUGGUAAUGGAUGUUCGGCACUGGAUGUAUACCGUAUGCUCAGUUUCUCAGACUUGCAACAUUCGAUGUACACGUCUUUAAUUUAUUUGUUCCUUGAUAAGAGGCUGCAUACAUGUGAAAAUACCUGAAUAAAAGGCACAAAUAAAUCUUCGGUUGCUGAC